CACGCAGCUCACCAUUAAAACCAGUUCGGACCGUUGUCCUGGUUAAGCCUGGGUAAAUCUGCCCCCCAGCUCCCACCACCGCUCUGCUGUUUACUUGUGGUGCCACAGGCAGAGGAGCUACUAAGUAACAACAUCUUCCUGUGAGGUGAGCUGAGGUGGGACGUGGUCCUCUACGUUCCUCUACAUACCUGCUGGUAUGGCUCGAUACCUGAGGCAUUUCACCACUGUUGGUGAUGAGCAGCCGGCUCAGUUGGAAGAAGAGCUGCAUGAGAUCAGUGAGGAGCUGAGCCCGGCCACAGGACUGUUCCUACCAACACUGACCUUCAGGGAUUCACUGAAGAGACUCUACACCUCUGAGCGGUUCCAGGUGUUGGUGGUGUGUUUGGUCAUCCUGGAUGCCAUGUUUGUUCUGGCAGAGUUGCUUAUAGAUCUGUCUGUUAUCAACCUGGAACAUGACCACAUUGCUCCUCAGGUGUUUCACUACCUGAGUCUGGCUCUACUCACAUUCUUCAUGGUGGAGCUGGCUGGUAAGCUUUUUGCUUACCGCCUGGAGUUCCUCCAACACAAGUUUGAAGUAUUUGAUGGUUUGGUGGUGGUGGUGUCCUUCGUGUUGGACAUUGUCUUCCUUUUCCACGAGGAUGCCUUUGAUGGGAUGGGUCUCCUCAUCCUACUGCGACUCUGGAGGGUGGCCAGAAUUAUCAAUGGAAUCCUGUUGUCAGUGAAGACCCGUGCAGACCAGAGGCUCCACAAGCUGAAGGAAAGCUACGACCACCUCGUCCAGAGAGUCACAGAGCUACAGGAGCGCACCGAUAAACUGGAACAAGAGAAACAGAAACUUGAAGCGGUCCUGAAGAAGCACGGCAUAGACUUCUAACUCAUCAAAGUAACUUCAGUGGACCUACUGUUCAAUGUCAUUUAUAUAAUGUUCCUUUCUGCACCAUUGUUUUUAAUUUUCAAACUAUACACUCCUUCAUAAACUUUUAUUGUAGAACUUAUUUCAGUAUUCCUAUUACCUGUUCACAGAAAAUUUACAUCAACUGUACAGUUUGGUGUAGGCAUUUAGUGUAAUCAUCUCAUUUUGAAUAUCAGUCAAAGUGUGUCCAUGGAAACCUGGAGUGAUGGAAACAAGUGAAAGUACUGCAUUUAUUUAAUGAAUGCCAAAUAUUCUGAUGCUACUGGAUAAGACUAUACAGUUAUUAGGCCACAGCCUUAACUUGCCUGUACAUAAUUGAAACUUUCUUUAUACUGAUAACAUGCACAUAAAACAUCUACUGAGUGACAUUGAGAAGAACAGUUCUGUUUUGUAAAAAAAAGAUUUAAAUAAGUGUGGAAACU